GCGAACGUCUCUUUUCUACCGUGAGGAUGUGUCCACUCGUUGUCCGUUGAUGAACCAACGACACACAUACGACGUGUCGAAAAAAACCGCCAAUUUCAAUCUCGUUACGAUGACAGUGUUAUUCUGACAGUUGGGCGAACAGCCUCGAAAUCGUAUCGUUACGAAAAAGUGCGCGGUGUGAACAAGUGCGAAAGGUAAAAUGUCGAGACGCAAAAAGAACGAUAACCGGUUCGUUGAUGUGAUUUUGACGUUUCUGAUUCUUGGUUGCUCCUUCUUUUCAACCAACUGUCAACAAGAGAAUCAACGAAUUUCCACUCAAGGAUCAGCAGAGACUUGGGACCAAUUAUCGCAUCUGAUACCGACGAAUUCGGUAUACGAACAACAAGAUAAAAAUGCAUCCCCUCCUGUUAACAAUCCAGGAGAGGCGUUAUUACGCUCCUUGGACGAGAAUAACGUCAUGGAGACGUCGAAAACAAACGGGAAGAUGAACGAACGUGAAGAGGAAGCGGACGAAGAAGUCUACGAGGACGAAUACGAGGUUGAAACCGAAUCAAAAGCGCAACACGAGACUUCGAAACUCUCCAAGAUCACCGAUGACACGGUGAAGCACGAAAAAUCUUCCCUGGAUUUAUCUUCUCACACGGAAGACACUUCGUCCAGAGACGAAGAUUAUGUGGAAGAUCCCUCGACAAGUCAAUAUGACGCGUAUUAUUAUUAUGAUGAUUAUGGAAAUACCAGUAAAUCGAGAUACGAGGCCAUAGCAAACGCUGACACCCUCGACUAUCCAGACGCGGAGGAAGAGGAAAAGGAGACGGAGGAAUUAGUAAAACAAGAAGAAACGAGAAAAUCGGAAAACAACGAAUACGAUUCGUCGGAGACGGAAGAGGAAAAUUUAGAUACUCGUCACAUGGCGAAUGUAAACGACUCUUCGUCGGAUCUUUUCGACGAGAAGGAUUUGGAUACGCCGAUUUCGAUGACGAACAACGAGGACGGUUCCUCGAUGGAGGGCAGUCAUAAAAUGUACGCUUUUCUCGGACCACCGAUCGCGAAAAUGAAUUCCACCUCCGUCGAUAGUUCCAUUUUGAUCGGUGGAGCUGUGGUAUCGGUGGUAACAACCAAGAGCGUGGUCAACGGCACGAUUUCCAUUCCAACGACAGCUGCUCCGACCACCACUGAACAAGUUGCAGCACCGCCUUCGUCCACGUCACUUGGAACCACCGAACAACCCGUGACAACAAUAACGACCGAAGAUACUUCCAGAAUAUUGGCUUCCGUGCAAACGAGCCGUAGCAUAUCCGGUGCACGAUUCUUACCAUUUCCUGUGAUAGAUCGCAUCGAGCCGAUCGGCAGCCAUAACAAUGAGAAGAAAACGUCCCCACCUCCAGAGUCCACGGAAAGUGUUAGUGACAAAUUAGAUAGGGUACAGUCCGAGUUGUCCAAUGGUUUUCUCGCUGGUGGCUUCAGAACUGCCGGCAAUACGCUUCAAUUGGAUGUUCUGAACGAACGUGAUCGAAAUAAUCGUAGGAGGUACACUACGACUGCUAAGACACCAGUCAUUAACAAAUUUGUACCUCGUCGAUAUAACGAUAAAAGGAUUGACCAUAUCACGCCGAAGUCGAAGAUUGAGACGACGCUUGAUAGCCUGGAAGGACUGUUACCUCGUGAUUAUGUUACAAGAAGUUCGAUGUCAAUGCUUCCGAAGACUGGAUUUAGAUGGCCUACAAAAAGCACGACAGAACGAACCACAACUCAGAUCACGUCGACUACUUCCGUUACUACGAAAAAACCUAAAACUAACGCGAUCAUUCAAGAUAUCCGCUCCUUCUUACCACCUGGAUACGAAUUAAAGAAGGAGGAUGCGGCUGUUACAGAAAGUUCUCUAUUAAGCGAUAUUCUUGCGAAAUCUAAGGUUGAUAUAUCGUCGUUAUUGCCAGCGGAUUAUGAGAAGAAAAAAAAUGAAGGAAAUUCAAAAAAUAAAAUAAUUACAACAACAGCGAAGAAUUUAGAUAUUUCCGCAGAGAAAUCAAUAGUCGAUAUAAAAAUUCAAGAUUUAUUCGCCAAAUCCAAGUUUGAUAUUUCUUCUUUCGUACCGCGUGAUUACGAACAGAAAAUUAAGAAUUUCUCUUUAGAAACGAAAGAUGUUCACACUGAGAAUGCAAACAAAUUUAAUAUUAGUACGACAACAGAAUCUACUUCAACUACGAUAAAAUCUAAAUUUGUCUUUCCUAGUUCUCUUAGCAGAACAGGAAAACCAAUUCAUAAAAUUACCACAUCACCGAAACCACGAACGGACAUACUUGUCACGCCGAAAAUACGAACUGGUUGGCCUACCAGACCUACCACAGAAUUUAAGUGGCCUACUCCAUCAACUACCACGCCAAUCUCGAUAGAAGAACUUUUGGCUCGAGCCACGAUGAGUGUUUCUGAAUUACUUGUUCCAAUAACCAAAGUAUUGUCAACCACUUCAACGACCACAACUACAACAACGACACCAAGACCUACUACACCAGGAAUUUGCGAACAAGAUUGUGAAGUCGCUGGAACUAUAAGAAUAAUUGGUAAUGCAAGUUGGGUACCGGAAUUGCUUGAUCGAAAUACUCAAGAAUGGCAGAAUCUUGCCAAUGAAAUUGAACGAGAGAUGAACUUUGUAUUCUCAAAAUCUGCUGUUCUGGCAAAAUGGUAUAAAAAAAUAAGAAUUGAUUCAUUCAGCGAGGGCAGUAUUUUAGUAGAUUACUUUGUUGAAUUGGCCAAUAUGCAGCAGAAAAUUAAUACGCAAGAUUUAAAAGUUAUUUUUCACGAUUCUUUAAGAACAUAUAAUACAAAUAGAUGGAAUGAUACGAAAACAAAGGAUUCGAUAAAACUUGGAUCAUUUACGAUCGAUCCAAAAUAUACGGAUUUUGUAGUGAUACCCAAAGCAACUCCUCCUCAAUAUAUUGAAAAAGACGAUAGACUAUUUCCACAAUGGGCAAUUGCUGUAAUUGUAAUUGGUGUCGGUGGAUUACUCUUUAUCAUUAUAUUUGGUGUUUCCGUUCUAAUAAAUCGUCAUAAUGGUUCAAAAUUAAAACCAUCUAUAUCUACAAUUUACGAAGAAAAAAUAGCAAAAAAUAUGUCAAGCCACAGAUCUAGUGAUUAUUCAAAACCAGUACAUACGAUUUGGACUGAUCCAGACGUUUCUUGGAAUGACAAAUCUUUUGAAUCGACUUCCAAUAAGAUACUUGUCGAAAAAUCUUUUCAAGAAAAUAAAAAAUAUAAUAUGUAUGAUAGUUGGAGAUCGGAAUGGAAUGGUUAUUAUUACAAUGGAUCUCAUACCAGCAAUAAAUAUGGUGGUUAUGAUACUACAAAUUUAUCGAAUCAUAAUCUUUCAAAUUACGAUACAAAUAUAUCAAGUCAUGAUCUUUCUAAUUAUGAUACGAAUUCAUCAAGACAUGAUCGUUCUGAUUAUGAUACAAAUCUAUCAAGACAUGAUCGUCCUGAUUAUAAUACAAAUAUAUCGAGACUUGAUCGAUCUGAUUAUGAUACAAAUAUAUUGAGGCACGAUCGUCCUGAUUAUAAUACAAAUAUAUUGAGACAUGAUCAUUCUGAUUAUGAUACAAAUAUAUCAUGUCAUGAUCUUCCUAAUUAUGAUACAAAUAUAUCCUGUCGAAAUCUUCCUGAUAUCGAUACAAAUAUGUCACGUCAUAAUCUUCCUAAUUACGAUACAAAUUUUUAAAGUUUAUUGUAAUAAAAAUAAAAUUUCUAUUA